AUGGCUUUCGAUCGAGUAAAAAGAGCUUACAGGUCAUGCCUUCUGCAGAUUAUUGUAGUAGGGUUGGUCGCCUUUUGCGAGCCGGGAAUCUGGACUGCCCUUAACAACCUUGGAGCCGGAGGUAACGCUAGUCCUUUGCUGAACAACGCCGCGAAUGCAUUGACAUAUGGAUUGAUGUCAGUGGGCUGCUUUCUUGCUGGCGGUGUCACCAACAAAAUCAGUGCGAAAUGGACCUUGUUCAUCGGAGCGGCAUUUUACACUCCUUAUGCGGCCGGUCUAUACUGCAACAACCGCUAUGGCAAUGAAUACGUUGGAAUCUGGAUGGGUAUCCGGCAGCUGGGACCGCUCGUUGGUGGUGCGAUAUCCCUCGCGCUCAAUGUCAAUACUGCACAUGUCGGCAAGGUCACCUACACAACAUACCUAGGGCUUGUUGCCAUUUCAUCCCUUGGAGCUCCAUUUGCGUUAUUGUUGUCACAACCACAGGAUGUGAUCCGAAGUAAUGGCACCAAGAUCCCUUACAUGAAGAAAACGACGUUCGCUAUUGAGUUUCGCGCUAUCUGGAAGCAAUUGAGGAAUAAGUAUAUGCUAUUACUUAUUCCGGUCUUUCUCGCUGGACAGUUUGGCACAACUUACCAAGGAAACUAUUUGACAUCAUAUUUCACUGUUCGCUCCAGAGCGCUUGCAUCUUUCCUGACAGCUGUGGUUGGCGCCUCAGCCAAUAUAUUGACGGGAGUAAUUCUCGAUCUGAAUCAUGUGUCAAGAGAAGCUAGAUCUAAGGGCAUGUACAUUUUCGUCCUUGUCUUUGUCACAGCAGCUUGGAUCUGGAAUGCCACCACAGAGGUGAAACUUUCCCGCAUGGCUGAAGCACCCGCGUUUGACCUGGGAGAUGGCCCCUUCUUCAACUCGGCUUUCGCGGUCUACCUUUUCUUCAAGUUCUUCUAUGAGGUGCUGCAAACUUAUAUCUAUUGGUUGAUGGCCGAGAUCAAAGGGGCACAGGGAGACGGCGAUAUCGCGAGAACAACGGGCAUUCUGAGAUCGUGGGAGUCCAUUGGUAGCACCAUUGCCUACGCUGUGGGCGCAACUCACUGGCCUAACCUGAACCAGAUGGCAUUGGGCUUCGCACUGUGGGGGUUCACAAUCCCAUUCACGAUUCUCGCGGUCUUCGGCCGUUGGAAUCAAUCUGAGGCGCAGACGGAGGAGCAGUCCGACAGUAGCAGCCUCGAGGCCCAAAGGGUGAUUAUCAAUCCUGAAGGGAAGGACUAA